AAACUUAACAGUGGAAUGCCAACUUGGCGUCUUUAAUUUAAACUGCUUACUUGACGAGUAGAAGUCGCAGUCGCAGUGGAAACGUUGAAACGUUCAGAACGGAACGGUUACAGAGCAGUCCUAGACUCUGUGGUGUGUGUGUGUGAGUCCUGUGAGAUGCUAAAAUGUAUUAUGCAUUUGAAAUAAAUUAAUAUAAGUACAAAAAAUAACAUUGACAAAGCUAAUGCAGAAAUUAAAAACAAUAAAUCGCGAGUGAAGUGAGACAAUACUUUAUAGACUUGUGCUUGAUGACAAAUGCAGCAACUGACAAUUAAUACGGCAACGGGGCAAAAUGUUGAAUGAACGUUAAAAACAUUGCGCAUACGCUGUGUGGGCCGUCGAGGGAAAGUCAUAAAUGAAUGCUUUUAAUUGCAAAAGAAUGACAUUUGCCAGCAGAAAUACGAAACAAUCGAAAUGAAAACCGUUUGCAAGAACAACAAAAGCAAAAACAAACAAUUCUUUGGCCAGCUGCAGCAGUGAAAAUUGUGAAAAUCGCGAAAACUGAGCGAACAAAAUGCUGCUGAUGCCAACAUCAUGUGGCCCGGGGCCACCAGUGGACGACGAUGCUGCUGUUGACCUAUGCUUAACCCCACACGAACAAUGUGCACGUAUCCGGCGACGUACACUGACCCAGACCCAGACCCAGACUAGGACCCAAAUCCAAGCCACGGGCAUUCCCAGAUGGCUUCUAAUGCUCCUCAUGCUCAUUGUCAUUGUGGCACAAACGCCGCAGCGUCAAGUGGCCGCCGAGAAGAGCAAACACUACUAUAUGCAAUCGCUGUGCAAAAAUCACUUUCUUCAGCAACUUUAUCGCAAAAUUGAUGGAGCUGUACUUUGGUCGCAAAACGAACGCAAUUUGGACUGUGUCAUCACCUUUCAGACGCACUCGAUCCUGCAGCGCUUCAUGCUACGCUUCGACAUGCUCCAACUGGACUGCAAUGAUCAUCUGCUUGUCUAUGAUGGAGCCCAUGCGGUAUCGACGCCCAAGAUUGACAUCUCCUGUCGAAACACAAAAAACACGGUGAACGCGAUAUUGACACGAACAAAUUUCGUGACGCUGAAAUACGUGACCGAUGGAUGGGGAACAGAUGCGAACGGUUUCAAAUUGGUGAUAACAUCGGUGAAGGAUCCAAAGCACACUUGCAAGGACUUUACCUGCGCCACACGUGAGUUUUGCAUUAAUCCCGAUCUGUUGUGUGAUGGCGUCAACCAUUGUGGCGACAACUCCGACGAGUCUGUGCAGAAUCUGUGCCAGAAUGAAACAACCAGCACAGUGUUUGGCGUGGACAUGACUUGGUUCGUCUUGAUUGUCGUUGGAGUACUCUUGGUGCUCAGCGCCAUCAUUGUGGCCAUUGCGAUCUGUGUGUGUCGACGCCAGGAUGAGAAUGCCGCCAACCAGAAUACGGCCCUACAACUGCAUCAUAACGCAGAAACGAAUGGUUCGUCGAAGCACCUGCAUUAUCAUGGCGUUGGCAUGGGGGGCACGCUGACGAGGGAGCAUACACAAUUGCCGCCAGUUUCGGGAAACUGGCAUCACCCUGCGGGACCAUACGGGUACCACCGCAUUCCACACAAUUACUUGAAGAUGGCCACCAAAGUCCGUCCCAUUUGGUGCUUGGCAAAUUCCGUCAAUUAGGUCAAGAUCUUUCACAAAACUCCGCCGGACUCAGCCAGACGAACAUCUCCGUAGCAGCUGGCAAUCAUCCGAAUGCCAAUGCCGCUGUCGGUGCUGCCCAAAAGGACGAGUGGUUCGUUUAAGAACGACUCAACUCCUUAACCAACAAACAAACA